AAAAGAAACUAAUAAUUUUUUAAAAGAAGUUCAUUCACAAGUACUUCAAGAUGUAGCCAGACGAGUUAAUAAAAGUUUUCAAAACUUCUUCCGGAGGUUGAAAAAUCAAUCAGGGCAAGCUGGAUAUCCGAGAUUUAAACAAUAUGGGAGAUAUGACAGUUUCACCUAUCCCCAAUCUGGUUUCAAUUUAAAGCAUAGCCAGUUGGUGCUUUCUCAUUUAGGAACAGUCAACAUUAAGAAACACCGAAAAUUAGAAGGCAAAAUAAAAACUUGUUCGAUAAUUGUCAAAAAUGGCAAGUUCUAUGUGGGUUUUUCGUGUGAAAAUAUAGAAGUGAAGCCAAAGAAGAAAACUAAUAAAAAAGUGGGUAUUGACAUGGGUCUAAAUUCCUUUUUAACCACUUCUGAUGGAGAGAAAAAAGAAGACAAAAAAAUCUAUCGAAAAUUAGAAAAGAAAGCAGUGAGAAUAUUAGCCGCGAAGCAUGAAAAAGUGACUAAUAAAAGAAAAGAUACAGCCCAUAAGUUAGCAAAAGAGUUAGUUGAGAAAUACGACCUUCUCGCUCACGAAAAAUUACGAGUUAAGAAUAUGGAAGCUGGUAAAAGUGUAGUUGGAGUUGAUGCAAGAAACACGAGUCAAAUAUGUAGCAACUGCGACAAGUUAAGAGAACCCAAACUGAAAUUAAGCCAAAGGAAAUUCAGUUGCUUCGAAUGUGAUUACCAAGAAAACAGAGACAUUAAUGCUGCUCGGAAUAUCUUAAAAAGAGCAGAAGGGUUAGGAACUAGCCUUCAAGGAGCAGUGCCAAUGGGCGCUGUGUAG